AUGCAAGUCAUUGAAGGGUUAGCUUACGAAGAUAAAGAAGUCGCUAUAAGAGCCAAAGGAAAGAAGGAUUAUCAUACGGCAGCAAGAUCAUUUUUAUCAGCGGCAAAGCAAUUCAAAAAAAUCGGUGAUGAAUCUAAUCUUCUCGAAGCCGCAAAUUGUUAUGAAGAUGCUUACAAAGCCUUUCAACAAGUAAAACAGAAUGAUAAAGCGCUUGAAGCGUUGGAGACGGCAGCUUCUAUUCAUGAAAAGAAUAUAAGACAAAGCACUCGUGCAGCACGUAUAUACGAAAUAUUAGCGGAUCAGUAUAAAAAAUCGAACAGUUCACAAUAUAGUUUGGAAAAAGCACUUAAAAUGCAUCGGAAAGCUGCUGAUCUGUUCGAACUAGACGGUGAUGGCCGUUUCCUAUUUUCUUUAAUAUCGCAAGCUGAAUUAUCUGCUGAAAUUGGAUAUUAUGAGCAAGCAAUAGAUCUCUUUGACAAUAUAAUGACACUUUCAGUAAAUGAUUCAGUGCUUAGUUAUAAGACCAAGAGUUAUAUUUUUUGGCAGUGUCUUUGCAUCAUUGCUUUGGAUGAUUGGAACUUGAUUCAAUCCAAAAAUUCUUGUGAUCCAUCUGAAUUUUCCACAGCUUGCAAAGAGUAUGACCAACUUACAACAUUAACACCAUGGCAAACUCAUAUUUUACUUGAAGCCAAAAAAGUUUUAGAAGUUAAAGAUCUACGAUAG